ACGUUCCAGAGGUUGAAGAAGAAACAGAGGAAUACAAUGGAGUGGCCGACGCCGACGACAACGAUGACGAACAUGAAUGAAUACGAGAAGCUCGUGAUUGGAAUGAACAAUCCCAGAGUCGUUAUUGACAAUGUCGCUUGCGCAACGGCGACGAUCGUCAAGGUGGACAGCUCGUCGAGUAAGCAUGGAGCUCUUAUGGAAGUCGUUCAGGUAAUUGCAGACCUCAAUCUCUCCGUCAAGAAGGCCUACUUCUCCUACGACGGCCGGUGGUUCAUGGACGUCUUCUAUAUCACCGACCGAUUCGGCCGCAAGCUCACCGACGAGAGCGUGCUCUCGUGCCUCGAGCAGUCUUUCGAUACGGGGAACGACGAGAGCAGGGGAUCCCACACCGGCCGGGAAAAGCACACGGUGGUGGAGUUGAUCGGCAACGACCGUCCCGGCCUUCUCUCUGAGGUCUUCGCCGUGCUUGCCGACCACAAUUGUGGCGUGGUGGAGGCCACUGUGUGGGUCCGUCACGGCCGCAUCGCAUGCUGCCUCACCAUCAACGACGCGCUCUCCGGCGGGUCGGUGGCGGACGCGCAGCGCCUCCGCCGCGUAGAGUCGCGCCUCCGGCGAGUCCUCGAGGGCGACCUCGACGACGCCCGCGGCGCCACGGCGGUCAUCUCCCCUGCAGCAGUCGCCAGCGCCGACCGCCGUCUUCACCAGAUGUUGCUCGCCGACCGUGAUUACGAGCGCGGCUCUCCGGCGGCACCUGCUGCCGUUUCUAUCCAGAGCUGGGCAGAGCGCGGUUAUUCAGUCCUCAGCGUGCAGUGCCGCGAAAGGCCGAAGCUACUCUUCGACGUCCUCUGCGCUCUGACGGACAUGGAGUACGUUGUGUUCCACGGUGCCGUCGACACCGCCGGCGAUUCAGCUCGCCAGGAAUGUUACAUAAGGCACAACGACGGCACCCCCAUAGGCUCCAAAGAAGAGCGGCAGCGAGUCGUCCGGUGCCUCCAAGCCUCAAUCGAGAGAAGAGCAUCGCCAGGAACAAGAUUGGAGCUCCGAACACCGGACCAGCCGGGGAUCCUCGCCGACGUGACCAGAACCCUCAGGGAGAACGGGCUCCUGGUGACGCGCGCGGAGGUGUCGACGAAGGGCGACGUGGUUUCGAUUGUGUUCUACGUGACCGGCGCCUCAGGGCGGCCGGCGGUUCCAGAGGCGAUUGAGGCGGUCAGGCGGUGGGUCGGCGUGGAUAGACUCACGGUGAAGGAGGGGGAGGUGCAACGCUGGCGGUUGAAGUCGGUCGGUGGCGUGGAAGCUGAGGGAGGAGUUGGAAUUGGGUUGGGGUAUUUGGGUAAUUUUGUUAGGAGAAAUCUGUACAAUUUAGGAUUGAUCAACUCUUUUUCUUAAUUUCCUAUUUUUCUUAUUCAUAAUAAUUGUUUUCCUUGUAAAAUCCAGUAGCAAAACUUUUCCUUGUAAAA